AUGUCUACAUUCAACGUGGAAUACGGAUAUAUCGACGGCGUGGAGGAUCUGAGUCAGUACCGUCCGGAAGGUUAUCAUGCCGUUCAGAUUGACGACCGUCUUCACGAGCGAUACCGCAUCAUACACAAACUCGGCCACGGCACCUUUGCAUCAGUCUGGCUUGCUGCUGAUGAACGAAGCUCCAGUUACACCGCCGUCAAACUCGGUACUGCAGAUGCCGACGGGCAAGAGGAAGAGAUCCUGUCCCAACUGACGAAAAGGGCUCACGGCCACCGUCUCCGGAUAUGCCGCAACCGGAGCACCUUUGAUCCCUAUGGUUAUUGA